AUGGCAGGGAGUUCACCGUUUGGUAGCGCUAGUGGCACCCCAGGCGACUCUUUCAAACGAGGAGCCGCUAUGCACACUUUACGGCCUGUCCUCAUCCGACAACUCCUGAUGGCAACGCAGCCACAGUCAGAAGGCCCAUGGAUGAUAAACGAUCAUGAGGUUGGGCAGGUCUCGGUUGUCGGAUGUGUAGUGAGCAUCAAACGCCAGGCGAUGACUUGCAUCUAUUGGCUAGAUGACGGCACCGAGAGGAUAGAAGCGUGGCACUGGCUUGACGGCACGAAUGAAGACGAUACAGAGCGAUGGGGAGGCGUAAAAGAGGCCAUGUACGUAUAUGUCAUGGGCAGCCUGAAGUCGUUUGGCAACAAGCGCUACAUCAACGCAAAUCACAUUCGAAAAGUGACUGACACUCAUGAAGUUUUAUCUCAUGUCUCUGCUGCAAUGGUGGUGACCCUUAUGCUGGAGAGAGGGCCGCCUCUGAGGCCAAGCGAGGCCGGAAGUAUUCACACAACGAACGGCGGUGUCACGAACCAGCUUGUGGGUUCCUCAGUGUAUGUGCCACAAGCGCAAGGUGGUUUGUCAAGAGAAGAAUACGCACGCCUCUCACCAGUGCAACGUAAGAUUGUGGAGUUCAUGGUGGUCCAGCCGCCCAAGGAAGAGGGCAUCAAUGUUGGGGCUAUAGCAAAAGCUCUGAGUGGCGACGUCAAAGACGCAGCUGUCAUAAGCGAGGCGUUGGACAAACUGAUGGAUGAAGGGUUGGUCUACACCACAAUUGACGAGUGUCACUUCAGUCUGGCGAAUGUAUGA